CAGCAGCAGUAGCGGCAGCGGCAGCGGAGGCGGCGACAGCAGCGGGGGCAGCAGCGGAGGCGGCGGCGCUCUUGGUCCCAGUCCCAGACGAGGAGGAGGCGGUGCCGAGGCCCGGGGAGGGGACAGCGGCCUCACCUAGCGGCGGCCCCGGCGGCUCCGGGGCGCGGCGGCUCCGGCCCACCUGAGGCUCCUGCCCCGGCCCGGCCAUGGGCGCCAAGCAGAGCGCCGCCAGCAACGGCCGCGCCCGCGCCUACUCGGGCUCCGACCUUCCCGCGGCCGGCAGCGCCGUGCGGGCCCGCGCGCCCGCGCCCCCGGCCCCCGGCCCGGCCGCCUCGGGCUCGGCCGCCACCCCCGCCCCGGCCCCGGCCCCGUCCGCCUCGGGCUCGGCCGCGGGGCCCCGGGGGGGCGCCCGCUCCCUGGGCGGCGGCGGCGGGGGCGGCGGGGCCCGGGCGGCGCAGUCCGCCUUCCACAUCCCCAGCAGCAGCAGCAGCAGUGGCCCGUACGGCUCGCAGGACUCGGUGAACAGCACCCCCGACGAGGGCCGCUCGGCCGCCGGCGGGCCCCGCCUCGUGAUCGGCUCGCUGCCGGCGCACCUCUCCCCGCACAUGUUCGGAGGUUUCAAGUGCCCAGUGUGCUCCAAGUUUGUACCUUCAGAUGAAAUGGACUUACAUCUUGUGAUGUGUUUGACAAAGCCAAGGAUAACGUAUAAUGAGGACGUGCUAAGUAAAGAUGCUGGAGAAUGUGCAAUAUGCUUGGAAGAGCUGCAGCAUGGAGAUACAAUCGCCCGGCUGCCCUGUCUAUGCAUCUAUCAUAAAGGCUGCAUAGAUGAAUGGUUUGAAGUCAAUAGGUCUUGCCCUGAGCACCCUUCAGAUUAAGCGUCUGAUUCCUGUUUUAUAUUUGGAAAACAUCAUAUGAGGACCUGUCUCUGGGAAAAAACACAUGCAGCCAGAAACCUGAGUUCUAUGGGACUGGAUCACACAGAGAGAUGGACAAUCAAUGGGACGACACUUCUCAGCAGAGCUCAGUGCACAGACACGCGGCGCACCGACACGCGCAUGUGCAUGCGCAGGAAAGGCCGCACAGCAGGGAUUGGAAAAUGCUGCACAUCCCUCCGUAGUGUCUAGUCAUCCACCCAUAGUUCCUGUUGGUAACGUUUUGUAUUCAGACGCCAAAGUUAGCGAAUUUCAUAAUGGAUUUACUUCUCAAGUUCCCUCGAGCUAUGAAUGGAUUUGGGGGUUUGGGGUUUUGUCUCUUUUCCUCCCAACUUGGAAGGUUUUGCAUGCUCAGAUUCUAAAGUAAAGAUGACCUCAAGCUUUCUUCUUGAAGAUAAUGCCUCAAAAACCAAACUAGGCGAUGGAGCAACAGUAAAACCUUUUUCUCUGAAUGCAGACCAUGAUCUCAAGUUCUUCCAGAAGUCUCCAAAGGAAAAGUGAAAAGCAGAAUGGAGCCCAAAGAGUCCAGUGAAUUCGGGGAUCAAUUCCCUCAGACCUGCUCAAUCUGGAUGGCUUCCUUCCUCGUUGGGGGAGAAACCCCUGCCCGGCAGUGUGGCAGCAGCCCCGAGCAGCUAUGCAACUUCCUAAGGAAGGACCAGUCUUAAGUGCUGCUGGCAAUGGGAAUUUUUUUUUAACGGGUAUUUUUGUUUUUUCAGGUAAUUCUUUUUCUGUACUUUCAUCUCUAGGCUGCCUCUCCAAGUGGGGCAAAAUAUGAAAAAUUAAGAAUAACUGCUGAAGUGGGGAGAGAAGUUUUCCAAGUUCCUAAGAUUAAGUUUGGAUGGAGCUCAGAAUAAUUUGCGGGACAUUUUAUAUAGAUUUUUUUUUAAAAAAAAUCAGAAUUUAAUUUGCAUGGCAGAUUCAUAGCAAUUUGCAUCUUUCAUUUUCCAGAUAAUCUGGAGAUUAGCAUUUGAUAAUUUUUUAAACAAGUAUGGAGAUUUUGUUAAUUUAUAAUUUAUUAAUGUAUUGUUACUGUGCUGCAUAUGUAUGUUAAUUUACAGAGGCUUUUAAACAGUCCUGUAGGGGAAAUGUACUGAGGAAAUUAUGUGAAUAAAAAUAAUAGUUCCCACAAAACAAAAAUCUGAAUGGUUUAAACUCUGAAGAGAAAUCAGGGCUAUUUAAGUGAAUGUCUUUUUUAUCAACAACAGGAAAAUGUUAUCAGUGAAGAUUGUGCAGUGUACUCGAUGGACCUCAGAAGGAAGCUAUCCCAAGCUGAUUUCUGAGCAGAUGAAAUGUUUCCUUUUCUUUCUUGCCUCAGCCUGGGCCCUUGAUGUCCCAUGUUCUCUCUCUCCCCCUUCUCCCUCUCUCGCCCCUCCUCUUUCUCGUUAAGAAGGGCAAGAACAGGAGCCGCCGCCGCCACCACCACCACCACCGGCCAGAACAAGGCGAGCACACCUGCCCCGGCCCCGCUCUGUCAUGGCUUGCUGGGAAAGCCUAACCUAGAUAACAUUUUCCCUGAAACUCUGCUGUGAAAUGCCUUGCGUGAUGCUGCACAUGAUCAGAAAAUCCAAAACCACUCAUGUAACAACGGACCGCACAGUGUCCUGGUGCUUCUGAACCAACCGAGGAAAAGAUUCUUCCCUCCAACUUUGGCUCUCAUCAUUAAAUCUCAGUCAAAUUUGCUUUGUUGUUUUAAUUUUGUAAAUUGUUCCCUCCAUAAAAUAGCAGCCAUUUAGAAUGUGAAUGUGUUCCUUUUGCACUGUCGACGUCCUGUUGUGGGCAGAAUUAUUAUUUGGGUUCCUUGCAGGAAAUGAUGAUUGGAGCUGGGAUGGCUUCGUGGCCAUAUUCUCCUAGAGGCUUACUUAUUUCUUUUUCAUUUUACUGACCGUAGGUGUCAAACCUACAUUGGCCUAAGUCUGCUUUUUGACUGCACCCUGAAAUAGUGGCAUGUGCUUGGUCCUACUGUCCUGGGCCUCGUUGCCUCUACUAGCCUUGCUCUCUCCAGAACUGAAGUGUCCAGCUCUUGCAGGGCCAGACCCAGAUUCAGAUGUUAUUGGGAAAAGUUUACCAAAUUAAAAAUACAAUGUAAUUUAGACAACAUUAUUUUGUGGUUUUCAAAAAGUCAAUUGUGGAGCCAGAAGGGGGCCUUUUCUGUUGGAGUUUGGCACCCCUGAUCUGGGACAGUUUCUACUGAAAUCUGUUGAGGACCAGCCUAAACAAGACAAAACUAGAAACUACUGUUUUAAAUUUAGAAUUUUUAUCUUCCAUCACUUAACCUCCAAAAUAUUAAUGUGCAGAUUAUUAAAAAAAAUUACUUAAAUCUAAACAGUUCAGAAUUUUACCUCCAAAUAAUUAAAACAUUAAACAUUCCAGGGAAAUAUGCUUGAAAUUUAUAAAUGAUCUAGUGGUGCCAGGGCAGGAAAUCGUGUAUCUUAGAGAACUAGCUUUUUCCUCACGUGCCCUGCUGCCUCAAUCAAGAGAGCUAAAAGCCCAAAUGAGCACAAUGUCUCACCCUCUCCACUUUGUAGGGGAAGGUCACCCAUGGGAAAGCAGCAUGUUCUGUCAUAUGAUUUCUGUGCUACCCUUGGUCCCCAGUGUGCUGAUCGAUAAUUUUUACCACACACCCCUCCCUAAUAUUUUUGUCAGGCCUAUCUCUUGCCUAAAUAUGUAAGAAAAAAUAAGUCUUUGUAAUACUCAGGUUUUACCAUUAAAUGAUCCGUUUGCCAGAAGAGAAAAUAUGCUCUAAAGGCAUGUUUUUCAAAUCUGGGCACAAGACUUUGUUUUACAAAAAGCAAAUUCAUUGGAAAUAGAAAAAUGUUGCCUAUUCAAUUUCCUGCGAUAACUCAAACUCAAGCAGACCUUGGGCUAAAACAUGGAGGCCCCUGGGCCCUAUCCCCAGUGCAGAUGUCCAAUUACAUUCAAGUUCCUUUGGUGAGAACGCCAUUGUCUUUUUCACAGUGUUUCUAAAAUUGGUGAUGGGAACAUUUCAAACCAAAGUUCACAAAUUCUGUAAUGUGGGUAGUCACAGGUUUGGGGAAAGCGCUUUGUAAAUCUUAGUGCUUUAUGAAUGUGAAUGACUUGAUAUAUAAACAUCAUCUGCACUUGUUGCCUACUAACCAGGGAGUGUGGAUUUCAUACCAACAAACCAGAUUAUAAAGCAAAACUAUAUUGUAACCUCUCUAGGCUUUCAGACAGAAUAAUUGAAUUUUACUGCUCACUGGCAUCCCCACUACAUCAACAUUUUUAAGUCAACUUUUGCAUCUAAGUAAAAUAAGCACAUGCCAAGAGUAAAUCCAAACAAAUGGCAGUAGUGUGAGUAGGCCCUGCUGGGUUUCAACCCUUCUUAGAGGGAGUUCAUUCUCGGACUUUGAAACGGAGGAGCCUUUUAUGUGACAACAAUUGGAAGACUAGUACCCAGCUGCUGGCAAAUUCUGACAUUGCCACAUUUCAAGUCAAGGAGGAAUGUCAGGCACCAGUCCCUAUGCCCUCCUUUCUUGUAGUGUAUGACUACUGAUUUAUGGUUUUGCUCUGUGAAGAACAUUGGUUGAGUGUUGGGUUGUUGGUUUUCCCCCCUUAAUUUUCCUUCCUACCCUGAUAUGUUACUGCGUCUAGUUUUUUUGGAAGGGAAUUGCAAUCCAAAUUUCUUUGCUGUGGUCCUUGCCUGGCAACAGCAGGUUAGUUUGCUCAAACAAAACAAUCCCAGCUUGAAGCUCUGAGUGAGCAUCCUUACUCUCAAUGCUGCCUGGCCUUGUGGUCUAUGUUUGAAACAAAGAAUUACUGUAUUAGGAAAUGCUUCCUUUCCCUGGCCGGCUUAGCUUGCUAAUAGCUUCUAGCACUGAAGGCAAUCGCGUGCAUUAAUCUUUGGUUUUGUCGUUGGGAAUAAGUGUGUUAACACUCUAAAGCCAUCUUACCUCAACCAGUAGCCAUCAAAAUAGGUCUCUGCUUGUAUACAGGAGAGGAUUCCAGAAAUAAGGGACCAGGUGGCAUCUGUGAGCUGAAACCCUGGCCAGCAGACCUUGCUGGUAAUGUUUGCUGGCUCUGCCUCGGCUGCUGGGUGGCCCUCAGAUCCCUGGUAUGCAUGCAUAGGCCUUGAUGGACUUUGACUCCAGAAGGGACUGACACCCUCUGGCCUAAUAAACAGGCUUUUACCUACCAGCAACUGCUUUUUAACUGUUGAGAUUCUCAGAUCUUCCCUCCUAGUUUCUGAUCUGAAAACAUAUUGCUAAGUCCUAAUGGUUUGUGUUGAAAGUUAGGUACCUACUUCACAUCCAGGCAUUAGCAGAUCUGAUUAGUGGCCUAAAAUGAAGUUGUAUUAAUUAGCAUUUGUUGUGCAGCCAUUAUAAUACACAUUGUAUUAGGUCCUUAUUACCCACAAACCUUUGUUGAGUAUCCCCUGUGUCUUGUUGCUACCAUGCGGGGCCCUCAGGAUGGGGGCUUUGAGCUUGGAGUCACGUGAUGCUUUCUCAUAUUGGGUUUAGGAGAGUAAAUCCCACUUUAUUUCUUCAGAAAUAACUUGCUAUGGGUGUCAUUGUUUGAAAAUAAAGGAAACAUGUGACCGUAACUUGGUUAACUUCUGUUGAUUAUUUUCCCCGUCAUGUCCUUAUGGCUGCUCCUAAUUUACUACUAGAGUCAUAGUGUUAAGUGAGCAUAAGCUUUCAAUCAUAAAAAGUAGAAAAUAAGUAGAAACAACUUGUGUCUCUUCAGUUCAGACUGAAAUAGGACAUCCACUGAAGGGUUUGAAUACAUUAUUCUUUUAGCUGAUUUUGCCAAAGUGUCAAAAUAUUUUGAGGCAGAAGAGGAGAGAAAAGAAGGCUUUCGAGGGCAUGUAUUUUAACUUUCCCUAAUUGUGUUCCAAUGCUGCAUUAACAACUGAGGAAGGAAUCGGGACACUGAGCCCUGAGCAUUAAUGUUACAUGGUAACAUGUGUAUCUGAUUUUGCACACGUACCCAGACAGCAAUGUACUGACAAGUAUUGGAUGAAACUGUAAUCACUUAUGAAACGAUUGUCAUUUUAGUGGUAAUGAAUUAUAGGUCUUCCCUCAUUACCUUAAAUUUAAACAAAAAUGUAAUGUUUGAAUCGUUGAAUGUAGUGCCUGUUUCUAGAUUUUGUAAUAUGAUUAUUGGGAGGCUUAAGAUUGUUGGGAUUUUUGAUGGUCUGCCAAUACACAAUCAUGGAUAUUUUUGGAUUUAGGUUGUAUGUUUAAUAACAUUCCAUUAUGUAAAGAAAAUGUAAUAAAUCUUUUGAAGCACAA